CUUUACGGAACGUCGCGAUCUCGAACAAUACUUCUGGACUACAGAAUGCGUACAUAAACUGAUGGACGCCUUACGUUAUCAAUUUCACCCUUGUUGUCUGGGAACACCGAGUCUGGCCCACGCUUGGCAUUUUGAAGAAAAUAGAUCAGAAUGGCUUUUCGACAUAGAUGAACGAUUUAACUACCUACCAAAGUUCAGAUAUUUUGACAUUCGAACACCGGAAAAUCAAGAGGAAACAUUUCGCGUUGUGAUCUGUGACCCACCGUUCUUUUAUAUACCUAUGGAACAAAUAUUCGCCGCUGUAGAGUUGAUUUGCAAGGGUGAUUUUAGCACCAAAAUAUUGAUAGGGUUUUUGAAACGAGAAGAGGCAACACUUUUAAAAACAUUUGCACCAUUUAGGUUAUCAAGGACUAACUUUCCCCUAGAAUACGCUCAUGUCAAGUCUAACAAGUGGACUAAUUAUGCAUUGUAUUCAAAUAUUGAUUUGCCUGGAAUUAAAAGAAUACGAAAAUAAUAGACGAAUUUAGAUGUUUGAAGUAUUUUUGAGUUAUAUAUACGCGGGUUACACUGGAAACCAGAAAAAUUUAAAACAAGAGUCACAAAACUGGGAAAUUUAUAUAUUAAACCUAACCAAGAAGAGCAGCGAAAAAUGCAACUACAGUAUAGGGGCGCUUUCCAUUUAAUGGCCUAACCGGUCAGACCCG